CUUCCUUGUCCGGCCGCCGCACGGAGCGGGCCAUGGCCCGCGGGCUUGGAAGGCCCUGCGGCUCGGCCGGGUCGGGGGAGCGGUGAGGGGCGCAACCGGGGCGAGGCUGGGAGCAGCCUCCUGUGGGGACCCUCCGCCUCGGGCAUGUCCCCUCCGGCCGGGCCCUCCGCUCCGUGUUAACGCCUCAAGCCGGCUGCGGGCGCGGUCAUGGGGACGGCGUCGUCCCUGGUGAGCCCGGCAGGCGCGGUCGGGGAGGUGAUCGAGGACACGUACGGCGGCGGCGAGGCCUGCGAGAUCCCGGUGGAGGUGAAGCCCAAGGCCCGGCUGCUGCGCGGCUCCCUGCGGAGGGUCGGUGCCUCGCGGCCCGGCGGCCUCAUCGGGGCCAGCUUCAAGUCGACGGCCUCGGUGCAGGAGCUGGAGUGCGUGGCCGAGUACGAGCGGCUGAAGAAGGAGUACGAGAUCUUCCGCGUCAGCAAGAACAACGAGGUGGCCUCCAUGGUGAAGAAGGAGGCCAAACUGGACAGGGAGAACAAGCGGCUGCGCGCUGAGCUGCAGGCACUUCAGAAAACCUACCAGAAAAUCCUUAGGGAGAAAGAAAGUGCCUUGGAAGCUAAAUACCAAGCCAUGGAGAGAGCUGCUACUUUUGAACAUGAUCGAGACAAGGUCAAAAGGCAAUUCAAGAUUUUUAGAGAAACUAAAGAAAAUGAGAUUCAGGACUUACUGAGGGCCAAACGGGAGCUAGAAGCCAAGCUUCAGCGACUCCAGGCCCAAGGAAUCCAAGUGUUCGAUCCUGAAGAGUCUGAUUCUGAUGAUAAUUGUACGGAUGUUACAGCUGCUGGGGCACAAUCUGAGUACUGGAAUGGAGGAGCUUUGGGAAGUGAGCCAUCCAUGGGUAGUAUGAUGCAACUUCAGCAGUCUUGCAGAGGGCCUGAGUUUGCUCAUAGCUCCAUAGAUGUUGAGGGACCAUUUGCAAAUAUAAACAGGGAUGAUUGGGAUGCUGCUGUUGCCAGUUUAUUACAGGUUACUCCUCUGUUUUCCCACUCUCUCUGGAGUAACACAGUAAGGUGUUUUAUUAUUGGUACUGAUGAGACUCAACCAGAAGUGGACAUCUUCAUUAGAAACUACUCACCAAAGCUUCAAAGAGUCUGUGAAACAAUGGGGUACUUCUUUCAAGUUGUUCAUUUUUCAGAAGAACAUGAAAGGCCUCUUAAGGAUGUAAGAAAAUGGGAAAUUGAAAAAAGUUCAUUAAUCGUUUUGCUCCUGCAUUUAACUUUGCCAAGUUGUUUGUUGGAGGACUGUGAAGAAGCCUUCUUGAGAAAUCCAGAAGAGAAACCCCGGCUUAUUUACCACAGAAAGGAGGAUGGCAGAGUCAGUUCGGCUUCAGUGCAACAGUUCAUUGAGCAAAUUUCUCAUGUGAACAAAGCAAAGAUGAUUGAUCAUACUGGAGGUGUGGAGGAAGGAACAUAUGAAAUCUAUAACUGUGUGGAAAAGAUAAUUAAACAGGAUAUAUUGGGGUGUGAAAUGACAGAACUAGAAGGCAAGGAUUUAGGUAAUAAGGAAGAGUCCACUGCUCCUGAAGAAGAAGUUUUUGGUGAUGUAUUGUGGGAUGCACAUGAUGAACAAGAACAGAUGGAAGCUUUUCAGCAAGCCUCUAAUUCAACAUGUGAGCUGGGAUUUGAGAAAUACUUUGAACGUCUGAAUGACCUUGUAGCAGCACCAGCACCAAUUCCACCUCUGCUUGUAUCAGGAGGACCAGGCUCUGGGAAAUCUCUCCUUCUGUCAAAAUGGAUUCAAUUGCAACAGAAGCAUUCCCCAAACACUCUAAUUCUUUAUCACUUUGUUGGGAGGCCCAUGUCUACUAGUGCAGAAUCUGCACUGAUAAUCAAACGCCUUACUUUAAAGCUUAUGCAACACUCAUGGUUAGUGUCACCUCUGACUUUCGAUCCAGCUAAACUUCUGGAAGAGUUCCCUCGUUGGCUGGAAAAACUUUCUGCACGUCAUCAAGGCAGCAUUAUUAUCAUUAUUGAUUCUAUUGACCAGAUACAGCAAGCUGAGAAGCACAUGAAGUGGCUGAUAGAUCCAUUGCCAGUGAAUGUGAGAGUGAUUGUAUCAGUGAAUGUAGAAACAUGUCCACAGGCUUGGAGGUUGUGGCCCACUCUUCAUCUUGAUCCGCUGAAUUCCAAAGAUGUUAAAUCUCUCAUUAGUGCAGAAUGUAACUCUGCAAAUGUUAAAUUAACUAAAGAGCAGGAGAAGAAGCUUGAGAGACAUUGUCGUUCUGCCACAACUUGCAAUGCUUUGUAUGUCACUCUCUUGGGCAAAACCAUUGCCUGUCUUGGAAAUACAGGAAAUAUAGAUGAAACCCUUCAACAGUGUUUGCAGUGUCAAGACACCGUGUCACUGUACAGGCUUGUUCUCAGAUCAAUUCAAGAAUCAUUGCGGAGUGAUACAGAGAAAGGUCUUUUGAGAGAGAUACUGUGUGUCAUUGGUGUUAGCCACAAUGGUGUGAGUGAGUCAGAGCUGAUGGAACUUUAUCCUGAGCUGUCUUCUGCAGCCUUAGCCUCGCUCGUUCACAGCCUGCACAGAAUGUGUUUGCUGACAUAUGGCUGUGGUUUGCUGAAGUUCCAGCACCUCCAGGCUUGGGAGAUGGUGAGACUAGAGUACAUGGAAGAAGGUGAAAAUGUUCUUUCUGCCUAUAGACAAAAACUAGUGGAGUAUUUCACCAUGCAGCUAAGUCGGGACCGAGUGACUUGGAGAAGCGCAGAUGAACUUCCCUGGCUCUUCCAACAGCAGGGAGAUAAGCAAAAGCUACACAAGUGUCUUUUGAAUCUCUUUGUAUCACAAAACCUUUACAAAAGGGGACAUUUUGCAGAAUUGCUGAGUUACUGGCAGCUGGUUGGGAAAGAUAAGAGCUCUAUGGCAGCUGAGUAUUUUGACUCUCUGAAAGAAUAUGAGAAAAGCUGUGAGGGAGAGGCAAGUAUGAUCUGCCUGGCUGAUCUUUAUGAGACCCUGGGACGGUUUCUUAAGGACCUAGGUCUUCUCAGUCAGGCUGUAGCUCCUCUGCAGCGCUCUCUGGAGAUCCGCGAGACUGCACUGGAUCCAGACCACCCGAGGGUGGCACAGUCACUGCACCAGCUCGCAGGAGUUUAUGUGCAGUGGAAGAAGUUUGGAAAUGCUGAACAGCUGUAUAAACAGGCCCUGGAAAUCUCUGAGAACGCUUACGGAGCUGAGCAUCCUCGGGUAGCCCGUGAACUUGAUGCACUUGCAACCUUAUACCAAAAGCAGAACAAAUAUGAACAAGCUGAGCAACUGAGGAAAAAGUCCUUCAGAAUACGCCAAAAAGCAGCAAGGAGGAAAGGCAGCCUGUGUGGCUUUGCUCUCCUGCGCCAAAGAGCCCUGCAAUUGGAAGAGCUCACCUUAGGCAAGGAUACACCAGAUAAUGCUCGAACCCUCAAUGAGCUUGGAGUCCUCUACUACUUGCAGAAUAAUCUGGAGACAGCAGAGCUCUUCCUGAAGCGCUCCUUGGAAAUGAGAGAGAGAGUCCUGGGGCCCGACCACCCCGACUGCGCGCAGUCCUUGAACAACCUGGCAGCCUUGUACAAUGAGAAGAAGCACUAUGACAAGGCAGAGGAACUCUAUGAGAAAGCUUUAGACAUCAGGAGGAGAGCACUGGCUCCAGAUCAUCCCUCUUUAGCUUAUACUGUGAAACACCUGGCAGUGCUGUACAAAAAGAUGGGAAAACUUGACAAGGCUGUUCCUCUGUACGAACUAGCAGUUGAAAUCCGACAGAAGUCAUUUGGCCCAAAACACCCCAGUGUGGCAACUGCCUUGGUCAAUCUGGCUGUCCUGUACUGUCAGAUGAAAAAGCAGAUUGAAGCUUUACCUCUCUAUGAGCGGGCGCUAAAGAUUUAUGAAGACAGCUUUGGGCACAUGCAUCCUCGUGUGGGGGAAACUCUGAAGAACUUGGCUGUGCUUAGCUAUGAAGGGGGAGACUUUGAGAAGGCAGCGGAACUGUACAAGAGAGCUAUGGAAAUAAAAGAAGCAGAGACUUUGUUGAUAGGUGGAAAAGCAACUUCUCGACACUCAUCGAGUGGAGAUACAUUCAGCUUAAAAAGUGCAUUAUCACCCAGUAUUUUCCUGGAACAUGGACAAAGGUGAUACAAACCUGCUCCAAGGAAAGGCAGGCUCUGUUGCUAUUUUAAAGCAGACAUGAAAUGACUAUCUAUUUUUCCUGAGAUAAUGUACUAUUUUGGGACCGACCCCUAUCUUCAUGAAAGACAGGGAAACAAAUGUUGAAGCUUGAAAUCCUUCCAUGUUAACUUUGCAGGCUGCAUGGUACAAAGUGAGCUUCUUUCAAUGUAUAUGAAAGAAUAUAUGAAGAUAUGUACAUUAGUUACUAGCUAAAGUCAGAGCUGCUGCUAAACCCAUGUAUUGGUUACCUCUUAGCCUAAGUGCCAGGAUUAGAAUGAGUUCAGUGUAACCUAUUGUAUAUACUCUAUGGAGUAAUUCUUAUUUCUGUGUUGGAAGGGCUUGGCUUGUAGGAUUUGUGUAUUUCUGGUUUUCAUCCAUCCUUCCUGCCUUUUUAGAAGCUUUUAAAGGUGUUUCUAAAAGGAGUAAUUUUGAAUAAGUCAAAAGCUCCACCCAGAAUACCUGCAGGAUGGCUUCAGCUUGAAGUAGACUUACAUUCAAGGGACUUGUGCAAAAAUAAUUAGUUUCCUUGAGGAGCUAAUACCUAAAUAUACCCUCAUAUACCCUAAAUACACCCUCACCUACAACUAAAGCUGUUUUCAGAUUCAACUGUGUCCAGUAAAAAUACUUGCAGUAAGGAACCAGAAUGAUGAUGAUGAUGACCCGAUUCCCUGUUGUUAGCCCUUUAGCAAUACUUCUGCUAUUUAAUCUCAUAGAAUCCCUUAAAACACAACAAUAUUUGUAUUAGCUGGGAAAGCCUAGUAAUGCAAACUAGUUUUCCAUCAGAUAAAAAGAUGCUAAUCAAAUCUACCUGCUUGCUGUAUUUCGUGAUACUCUGGUCAGCUGGAAGAAUCAUUCUGAAGUCUGUUCAUUCCAAUUCAAUCAUAGAAUCCCAGAUUGGUUUGGGUUGGAAGGGUUCUUACAGCUCAUAGGCAGAGACACCUUCCACUAAGGUGCCCAAGGCUCUGUCCAACCUGGCCUUGAACACUGCCAGGGAUGGGGCAGCCACAGCUUCUCUGGGCACCCUGUGCCAGCGCCUCAGCACCCUCAAAGGGAAGAACUUCUGCCUUAGAUCUAACCUGAACUUCCCCUGUUUCAGUUUGAACCCAUCACCCCUUGUCCUAUCGCUGCAGUCCCUGAUGAAGAGUCCCUCUCCAGCAUCAAUCCAUGAAUCAAUUUAAAUAAAUACUAAAAAACCACAUUUUUAUUAAGUGAAAAACUGAAACUUCACUAUAAUGUUUUAGUGGCAACUGAUGUAAAGAUUUACUUGAUCUAAUUUUGACUGAAAAAUGCAAGUGGCCAUCACCAUCAGAAUGGCACUUCCCUGCCACAGUAUUUUCUCUCUUUUUAGAGCAGAGUUAAAUAUAACCUAUUUCAGCCCUUGUUCUGGAAUUUAACAUUUUGGUAGGGGUGUAACUUAGCAGAGGAAACAAUAUAUAAACCCGAUAGAACAAAUACACAACCCAAAUCUGAUUCCAAAGGUUAAGAUUUAGUUGGAAAAAAAAAACAAAUAGCUCUUGAAGGUAUUACAGUACAGCAGCAGGAGUUGACACUCUGUAAUAGCUCUCUGGGUAUCUCAUUCUUAGUUCAGAAAAUGGGGUUUUAAUCAAAGCAGGAGUUUUUCUCCUCUGUUUCAGCCACCUUGAGAAGCUGUGGAAAUUGGGAAGUUCUUUGCAGGAUUGUUGCUAAAGAGAAGGAAAAGAGGAAAAGGUAAAAAAGCACACAAAAACCACCCCCCCAAACCCUCAACCUUUUCAGCUUGUGGGUGUUUCUGUUGCCUGCUCUGCUCAGAGCUGGGAGUUCCCUCCUCCAAAGCCAGUGUUGGGAAUUAGCAGAUGUCUGCUCAAGGUUGUCACCUCUGUUCUGAUUUUAAAAUGUCUAGUGGUGUAUCUUGUUCUCCUAAAUAGUUUUCCUCAGUGUUGUUAUCUUAAAUGAGAAGAUAUGACACUGGAGGUCUAGAAAGGAUCAGACUUGCCCCAUUCAGUGGUUUUCACUUCUGAACUGUCACACUUCUUCCCUUGAGUGACUUCUUUCGAACUCACUCACAGGCCGCAGGGUUGAUUUUAGGAGAAAAAGCAAUCCCUAAAAAGUAGCAGAUCCCAACCAUCCAUGCUCCACCAGCAAAGAUAGUGAGGAAACAACAGGCUUCAGCUGUCAACCCAAAGGAAACCUUCUACAGGAAGUAAAACAGGACCAUGAGUAAUGGUGGAGGGUCUUGCAGGCUGCAUGUUGGCCAUGAGCUGAUGCAGCUGUAGUCAUAGUGCUCUUAAGACAGUUGUCCAUGUAUCUGCAGUUGUGCCUCAUGGACAUCAAAAAAGUAACUUGUGUUAUCUGGUGUAUGCCAAAUGAUACCUCUAUGUAGAAAACAACAAAGAGCGUGACCAGUUUCAAUGGAGAUUUCAUCAUAGUCAGUAUGAACAUGUCAGUAACAGUCAUGAUACACUGUAAAAACAGAAUGCUUCUUUUAUCAGAUUGCCAAAUAAACAAAGCUGGGCUAAACCAUUGCAAGAUGCUUUGUUAGUUCAUCAUAAAAGAAGUCAUAAAUCUUCUUUCAUGUUUUAUAGUCAGAGGACAUUAUACUUGUAAAUGUCUUUUUAACUUAAAA